UUAUGAGUUUGGUAUGGAGUUUCAAUUGAAGUUUAAAUUUUAACUAGAGUCAUGAAGUGGUCUUUUCUUUUCAAAAUUUUGUUUCUUUUUUUGAUUUUGCAAGAAGUUUCAUCAAGUGCUGUUGAAUUUGUUCAACCUAUCAAAUCUUUGCUAAAUUAUUUGAAGAUUCCUUUAAGAGUUCAAAUUAUGAUCUGCUGGAAUUAUGACAUUCGUUUGGAUUUCUAUCGUCAAUUCAGUCAACUUGAUGGUCAGAUCGGAAAUCGUAAUUACCAAGCCUCAAUUUCAGAUGCCAACCUUAUGAAUUUUCCCAAUGAAAUACUUGAAGAGCAUCAGUACCUUAUAAUUGUUGAUUUAAACUGCAAUCAAACGCAUCGGUUAUUGUUCGAGGUUGGCACGAAGCUAACUCAUCGUUUCAGAUGGAUCGUAAUGGAUAGUGUCAGUCAAUUGGAAAGAGAAUCUAAUGAGUUGAUAUUGAAAACGUUCAAGAAUCUUGAAGUGAUGCCCAGCAGUGAGGUCUAUUGUUUAGCUAAGGUCAAAGAAUACUCUGGCUAUGUUAUUAAGCAAGUUUACAGAAAAUCAAUGCAGCAUGUACUUAUACUAGAACUUUUUGGAUUCUGGAGUAAAAAUAUUCUGAUUGAUAGGAGAACCAUAAGUACCACAUCGAUAAGACGUAAAAAUAUGGAGGGACUUAAGCUACGGGCAAGCCUUGUUUUAACACACAAUGAUUCUAUAAAUCAUUUGACGGAUGGAUUGGAUAGACAUAUCGACACCCUCAGUAAAGUUAACUAUGUUCUGACGAAACAAUUGGGUGACUUCAUAAGUGGAGACAUUGAAUUUUCCUUUGUGAAAUCUUGGGGUUAUUUGAAUAAUGACUCAAAGUGGAGUGGAAUGAUUGGAGAUUUGGUAUAUAAUCGAUCUGAUAUUGGAGCUUCAGCGUUGUUCUUCACUGCAGAUCGAAUUAAAUUUAUCGAAUACAUCGCUAUGCCAACACCAACACGUUCCAAAUUUGUAUUUCGUUCGCCAAAACUCUCCUAUACUGAUAAUGUUUUUCUGCUUCCAUUUGAUUCAGGAGUUUGGAAUGCUAUUAUUGGAUUGAUUUUUGUUACUUCAGCAGCUUUGGUUUUUUCAACAUGGUCAGAAUUUAAAAUCAAGAGAAAUAAGGAUGUUUCAGACCCGAAUGUACUACAUCCUUCAGCUUUAGAUGCUUUUAUUUUGGUAUUUGGUGCAACAUGUCAACAAGGAUCAGCUGUUUCACCGCGGAGCAUGACUUCAAGACUUAUAAUGUUUAUAGUGUUCUUGAUGCUUAUGUUUUUAUAUACAAGCUAUUCAGCAAAUAUUGUUGCAUUGUUGCAAUCGCCUUCAAGAAAAAUCCAAAAUCUAAAUGACUUGCUUAAUUCACGGCUAAAACUUGGAGCAGAUGAUACAAUUUUCAAUAGAUAUUACUUCACACACACAUCUGAUCCAGUAAGACAACAAAUUUAUCAACAAAAAAUACUCAACAAAGAUGGUUCUGAGAACUUUAUGACACUCGAAGAAGGUGUUGAACUAUUGCGAGAGGGUCUAUUCGCCUUUCACAUGGAAAUUGGUGUUGGUUAUAAAGUUGUAAGUGAAACAUUUCGUGAGGAUGAAAAAUGCGCCUUACAAGAAAUACAAUAUCUUCAAGUUAUCGAUCCAUGGUAUGCCAUACAAAAGAAUUCUUCGUACAAGGAACUACUUAAAAUUGGAAUGAUGAGAAUUCACGAACACGGUUUACAGGAACGUGAAAAUGCUAUGCUUUACACAAAAAAACCAAAAUGUACUGGCGGAGGUGGAAAGUUCAUAACUGCCAGUUUAGUUGAUACCAAGCCAGCAAUUCUAACUCUCAUUUGGGGGUUUCUGUUAUCUUUGUUAGCAAUGUUUUUGGAAAUAUUUUUGUAUCGUCAAAUUAGACGCUGCAAAAAUUUCAUUAAAAGUACUAACAACAACAAUUAAAAGUGAAUUUUCGUUUUAUUUAAAUGUUCCUUUUUAUUUUAAGUUGCGAAAUUUAAUACAUUAUAGUUAUAAUUAAGAAUAAUAAUAA